CUUUUGCCUUCCAUUAACCUCCUACCACCAAGAAACGAUCUCAAAACUCUUGACGUCGCAGAGGAACAAACUCUACCAUUGAAGCCAUCCUUGUCAUCCAGUGCUGUUAAUGCUACCAUCACUAAACACAUAAAAAAGGAGAAGAGGAAUAGGAAUAAUAGCAGUUUAUUAAAAAUUGAAGAAGACUUGGCCGAAGCUAGAGUGGCUAUUCGCAGAGCGAUACGAUGGAAGAACUUCACAUCAGAGAAGGAAGAGAUAUUUGUCCCCAGAGGAUCCGUUUACAGAAAUGCCUAUGCUUUUCACCAAAGUCACAUAGAGAUGUUGAAGAGAUUCAAAGUGUGGACUUACAAAGAAGGAGAACCACCCUUGGUACACGAUGGGCCCAUGAACUCAAUUUAUGGCAUUGAGGGACACUUAAUGGCUGAAAUUGAUAACCAAGUGAGCCCAUUCUCGGCCCGCCAUCCAGAUGAGGCCCAUGUUUUUUUGCUACCCAUAAGUGUGACCCAAAUCGUGCGGUAUCUAUACAAUCCUCUCACCACCUACUCUCGUGAUCAAUUGGUGCGGAUCACCGUUGAUUAUACCAACACCAUAGCUCGCAUGUACCCAUACUGGAACAGAAGUAAAGGAGCGGAUCAUUUUCUAGCUUCUUGUCAUGACUGGGCACCGGAUAUCUCAAGAGAGGAAUUAGGUAAAGAGCUUUUCAAGAACUUAAUAAGAGUGUUAUGUAAUGCUAACAGAUCAGAAGGGUUUAAGCCUGAAAGGGACGUAUCAAUACCUGAAAUGAACUUGCAAGGCUACAAGUUGAGCUCACCAAUUCCUAGUUUAGACCCGAAUCGUCGUUCAAUACUUGCUUUCUUUGCUGGAGGGGCCCAUGGUAAGAUUAGGGAGAAACUUCUAAAACAUUGGAAGGACAAAGAUGAAGAAAUUCAAGUGCAUGAGUAUCUUCCCAAGGGCCUUGACUAUAAUGGCUUCAUGAGACAAAGCAAGUUUUGCUUGUGUCCAAGUGGCUAUGAAGUGGCAAGUCCUAGACUUGUGGAGUCUAUCAAUGCAGGGUGUGUCCCAGUAAUUGUCUCCGAUUAUUAUCAACUUCCCUUCAGUGAUGUUCUUGAUUGGAGCAAAGUUUCAUUGCAUAUUCCAUCAAAUAGGAUACCUGAAAUCAAGACCAUGUUGAAAAGUGUUUCACAUGCCAAGUACUUGGAAUUACAAAAGAGGGUGAUCAAAGUUCAAAGACAUUUUGUAUUGAAUCGACCAGCUAAACCGUUUGAUGUUUUUCAUUUGAUUCUUCAUUCAAUAUGGCUUAGAAGGCUCAAUAUCAUGUUACCUUAG